AUGAAUACCAAUUUAGAAGAUCAAAGAGAAGUUGAAGAAACGGAAGAAAGAAAUGAUAUAUUUUUAUAUAAUAAUGAAACAAGUAAUGAAGGAGAAUCAUGUAAUGUUUUGUGCUUAUUUCUUUUUUUUAUUUCAUUAUUUUUUAUAAUGGUAAUAACUGCUGAUAAUUCACCUCCAAGUAAUGAUUAUGAUAGUAGAAAUAAUGGAGAUACAGAUAUUUUAAAUGAUUCGGGAAAUGAAAAAAUUAUGAAUGAUAUUUUAGAUAACAUAUUAAUUCAAAGUUUAAAUUUUAAAGGUUAUUAUAAAAUUAAGGAUACUACUAGUAAUAAUUAUUUAUCAAAUAAAUUAAAUGAUGAUUUAAAUGUAAAAAAAGGAAAAUUUGAAGCAAAAUUAAUUACAUUAAAAUUAGCUUUAACCAAUGCUAGUAAAUCAUAUAUUUUUUUUCAUUUUGAGCCCUUUAAAAAUGAAUUAAAAAAAAAAAAAAAUAAUAAAAAAAAUAAAAAGUACCAAUUUAUAGGAUUAAGUGGAAUAAAUAUAAACAAAAGUAAUAACUAUAUUUUUAAUGGGAUAGGUUAUAAUAUAGCUAAUUUUUGUCAAAAUUUUAAUGAAAAUUGUUUAUGUAAUUAUAGAAUAAAUAUUAAACAAUACUUAAGUAAUUACGAAUCUACUUCUUUAAGAGAAUUAGAUGAAUCAUAUUUGUAUUCUCUAAAAAAUUAUUUACUUGAUGAAACUGAAUAUUAUAAAAAUUUUGUAUCUCAUCAAUAUUAUAAGCAAUAUGAAGAAUACAUAAAUAAUAUUGAUAAUUAUUAUAGUAAAAAUUUCACUAAAAGUAAUCCCAAUAAUAAUAACGCUAGUGUAGAAGAAAAAAACACAAGAGAAAUUUAUAAUGAAUAUGAAAAAUUAAAUGAGGAUACUUAUUUAGAAAAGAAAUCAUUAGAUGAUAAUUUAAAAAAUUCCUCUACUAAAGAUAUGAUGAUGCAGUUAGAAGAUGAAACAUUGAAUAAUCCUAAAACUAGUAAUAAUAAAAUGGAUAUAAAUGAAAAAAAGGAAUUUACAAAUAUGACUAAUGGAAAUUCAUUAAAUGAAAAAAAAGAUAAUUAUGAGUCAUAUAGUGAAAGUAAUAAUAAAAAUAUAUCAACAAAUAAUGAAAAUGAGGCAUUGAAUAAGGAAGAAAAUAGGAAUUUUUUUAACAUAAACACAGAAGAUAAAAUAGAAAAUUAUAACGAUUAUGAAGGAUAUAUUUUAUCAAAUAAUUGUAAUUUGUUUAUAUCAAUUAAUGGAGAUGAUAUAGAUAAAAGUUAUAUAUCUAAUAAAGUUAUGAAUUUUUCAAUAAUAUUUAAUAUCAAGUCAAUAAUAGAAUUAGGAUUAUUUUGGUCACAAAUAGGAAACAGUGAAAAUAUGCGUAAUGCUGCAAAAAUAUCAUUAAUAUCUAUAUGUUUAAAUUCUUUUAUAGAAAUAUUUGAAUCCUUGUUACUUUUAUAUGAAGUAAUGUUGUCGAGAUUAUUAUUAAUUCAUUUUAUAAUAAUGGUUUUGUUGAAGUUUCUUUUGUUUACGUUAAUGGAAGUGAGAUAUGUGUUAAUUAUAUGGAAAGCAAAUCAUCAACAAGAUAUUAAUGAUGGAUGGGAAUAUAUGCAAAGAAAAUUAAGUAAACUAUAUAAAUAUUAUUACGGUAGUAUAUUAAUAUUAAUUAUUUUAUUUUAUUAUGUUUUUCCAUUAUUCCCAUAUAUAUUACUAGUAUUAUAUUUAUGCUGGUUGCCUCAAAUACUUCUAGAUAUUUGGAAAGGACAAAGAAAUUCUAUUAAUUUAAAAUUUGUUUUUUUUUUAUCAUUAUGUAGAUUAUUUUUACCUAUUUAUAUAUUUAUAUAUCCUUAUAAUAUUUUUCAAUUAGAUAUAUUUACACAAGUAAUUGAUACUUCUAAUGCAACAUUCAGUAUUUUGCUAAUUAUAAUUAUUGCUAUUCAACUAAUAUGUAUGUUAACUCAAAGAAUAUAUGGUCCAAGAUAUUUUGUUAAUAUUGAUAUACUACCACAUGUUCACAAUUAUUAUAAAACAAUUGAUCCUAAUUUUGAAUCAGGAAUACCAGAAUGUGUAAUAUGUAUGUAUGAUAUUCUUUUAAAAGAUAAAAAAUAUUGUGUCACCCCUUGUUAUCAUAUUUUUCAUGAAAAAUGUUUACAACAAUGGAUGAAUAUAAAAUUAGAAUGCCCUACUUGUAGAGGUUCUCUUCCAAAUUUUCCAUAA